AUGAGAACUUUUCAUAACUCAUUCUACUCAAAUACUACGAAUUGGAAUGAAGUAAUUUCGAGCUUUAGAUCAACACUUCACAUUGAGAAGGAUGCACUGGAAAAGGUUCACUAUUGCAUCCAUUCAGACAACUCAGAGAUCAACUCCUCCAUAACUUCAAAGAUAGACAAGCUUCAUCAAGACUUGGACUUUGAGAACGUGAUCAUGGAUAAACUCACGGUCAAGACUGAAAAGGUAAAGGUUCUGACUGUCAAGCUGGAACAAGUUGAGAAACAGAUCAACGAACUCUUAUAUGAAAAGGAUGCUAUGAAGAGUUGCAUUGCAGAUGUGAACUCUUUACUCUCCGACAUAAUCAAGACUCGUGACUCUCUGAUCACGAUUACUAUUAAGAAGCAUCUGGCUGAGAAACUUAGGCAUGUGUUCGCAAAGCUUAAUAGGCUUGAGGGUGUUUCGGAGUCAAGCUCACUUCCAAAACAAGGGGAGAAACUGAACUCACAAGAUUCGCAGUUGGAUCUUCCAAUCACUCUAAAAGCCUUUGAGUUUCGUAGCUUCAUCAAAGUUGUGAAUGUGCCUCUGACAGAUAGCGGUGCAGACCAUUUGCUCUUCUCGUUCUACUCAAAGCACACGAAGCCUCAGUAUGAAACCUGGAGUGCGAAGAAGAUAACAUUCAAGAAGGUUUCAGGUCCAAUCGAAACUGAUAGCUUCCCAAACGCUCAUUUUAAGGUUGCUAGAGGUUCAACGAGUCAGGUAUGCAAAUUCACUCUUGCUGAUCUACCUUUCCUGAACCCAUACGAUUGGAUUCUACUGCUUAACAUGUUGCUCAAGGAUGAACCCGUUGUUGCUCAUCUCAAACGAAUGUUAAUCUCAUACAUUCAAGAGGUUGGAAAAAUGGAUGUUGAAAUUGCAUCCGUUCUUCGAAAGCGGUUCUUUGCGUUCCCCAAAGAAGCUCCAGAAGACUAUGAUAAAAUGAUGUAA